GCCAGCAGAAAGACCAUCAGCCUUAAGCUGAAGGCACCAUGCAAGUCCUUCUCCUCCUCGCAGCUGUAGGGCUUUGCUGGGCACAGUAUGACCCCAACACUCAGACUGGGAGGACGUCUAUCGUGCAUCUCUUUGAAUGGCGCUGGGAAGAUAUUGCUCUGGAGUGCGAACGCUAUUUAGCUCCUUAUGGAUUUGGAGGAGUUCAGGUUUCUCCUCCAAAUGAAAACAUUGUCAUUACUAAUCCGAACCGGCCUUGGUGGGAAAGGUACCAGCCCAUCAGCUACAAGAUCUGCAGUCGAUCAGGCACUGAAGAUGAAUUCAGAGACAUGGUGACCAGAUGCAACAACGUUGGAGUUCGCAUUUAUGUGGAUGCUGUUGUCAAUCACAUGUGCGGAUCUAUGGGUGGCACAGGCACCCACUCAACGUGCGGGAGCUAUUUCGACACCGGGACUAGAGAUUUUCCCGCGGUGCCAUACUCUGCCUGGGAUUUCAACGACGGCAAAUGUCAGACCGCCAGUGGAGACAUUGAAAAUUAUGGGGACAUCUAUCAGGUCCGGGAUUGUAAGUUGACUAGCCUUCUUGAUCUGGCUCUGGAGAAGGACUAUGUACGCUCAACAAUUGCAGAGUACAUGAAUCACCUCAUUGAUAUGGGUGUAGCAGGGUUCCGGAUCGAUGCUGCCAAGCAUAUGUGGCCUGGGGACAUAAGUGCGUUUCUGGCCAAAUUGCACAAUCUAAACACUCAGUGGUUUUCAGAAGGAACAAAACCCUUUAUUUUCCAAGAGGUAAUUGACUUGGGAGGAGAGCCAAUCACAGGCAGUCAAUACUUUGAAAAUGGCCGAGUGACAGAGUUCAAGUACGGUGCAAAACUGGGGACGGUGAUCCGCAAGUGGGAUGGAGAGAAGAUGGCCUACUUAAAGAACUGGGGAGAAGGCUGGGGCUUUGUGCCUUCUGACAGAGCCCUGGUCUUUGUGGAUAACCACGACAACCAGCGGGGGCACGGGGCAGGCGGAGCUUCCAUUCUUACCUUCUGGGAUUCCAGGCUUUAUAAAAUGGCAGUUGGUUUCAUGCUCGCUCAUCCGUACGGGUUCACGCGGGUGAUGUCAAGUUAUCGUUGGCCAAGAUAUUUUGAGAACGGAGAGGAUGUCAACGACUGGGUUGGACCACCAAGUAACUCGGAUGGAUCGACAAAGUCCGUGACAAUCAAUGCUGACACUACCUGUGGCAACGACUGGGUCUGUGAACAUCGCUGGCGACAAAUAAGGAACAUGGUUGUCUUCCGUAACGUGGUAGACGGUCAGCCUUUCUCAAACUGGUGGGACAACGAUAGCAAUCAAGUAGCUUUUGGUCGUGGCAACAAAGGCUUCAUUGUCUUUAAUAAUGACGACUGGUAUAUGAACAUCGAUUUGCAAACGGGGCUGCCUGCCGGUACCUACUGCGAUGUUAUUUCUGGAGAUAAGGAAGGCAGUGCGUGUACUGGAAAGCAGGUGUAUGUUUCUUCGGAUGGAAUGGCCAAUUUCCAGAUUAGUAACACUGACGAAGAUCCAUUUGUUGCAAUUCACGUUGAUGCCAAGUUAUAACUUCAGUUGCAAUAUUUUUUCUGUGCUGUUGCUUUGUAUGUAUACUGAUUGUGCUAGUUUUGAUUCCCUGAUUUUCAAGAAUGAAUGAUUCUCUAUGUCUAGCAAAUAAUAAACUGCUACCAAACUGAAA